GGUAUGAACAAGGUAGAGGAGAAGCUAAAGGCUGGUCGUGUGAAGAGAUCAGAGGGAGGUCUGUUCAGCGAGGAGCCCCAGAGGAAGAACCCUGGCCCAGCCUCCAGAAGAGACCCACCACCCCUCACCUCUGGUACUCCAGCAGAGGCACAGUGGCAGCAUGCCAUCUCAGAGCGAGGCGAGGUGCUCUGUCCUACCUGCUCCAUCGUCACCAGAAAGACCGUCUCCGGCCUUAAGAAACACAUGGAGAUCUGCCAAAAGCUCCAGGAUGCCCUGAAGUGCCAGGAGUGCCACAAACAGUUCAGGUCCAAGGCCGGACUCAACUACCAUACAAUGGCUGAGCACAGCAGCAAGGUACACACAGGCACUAGAGAGGUUCAUCCAGAUAUCAACAUGGCCCUCACUCCUGCAUUAGUGGAAUGCUGCUCCAAUUAA